GAAUCGGACGAUGUUAAUUUUAUAAUGAUUCGUUCGGCACCUUACGGGAAACCAGUGUUUGGGUUCCGGGGGGAGUAUGGUCCAGACAUAGUUAGGAUUGACAGAUUUGAGUGGUGGUGCAUGGCCGUUCUUAGUUGGUGGAGUGAUUUGUCUGAGGGACUAUCGGCAAUAACAGGUGUGGGUAAUCUUUUGAAACUUCAUCGUGAUGGGGAUAGAGCAUUGCAAUUAUUGCUCUUCAACGAGGAAUCCCUAGAAUCGGCAACGGAUCCUUUCUUCUGA